AAGUGGACGAGGAGUACGAGCACCACCUCUUCGUUGGGGCUCGCUGGUUCAUCUUUCCGCACGUGUCGUUAGGGAAGGCGCUUAUUCGUUUUACUGACCCACCUGCAGUUGCAGUGUCAAAGUAGCAGUUAUUGCGCUUCUUAUUCUUCUUCUUCUAAUUGUUGGCGAUGGGUCGUACAGCGGGAUCGAGGUUACCCGGGUGGCGGAGCGGAUGCCGUUGUGUACUGACAUGGCAGAUGAGAAGGGACACAUUGACGCGUCAAUCGACGAAUUUAUCGAGCAG